UGGCCUAAUUGGACCCAACCCGAUCUAAUUAGCCUUCUCCAUCUCCUUCUUCUUCCUCAAGAAAUUUACGCUCUUUCUCUCUCAUCAGACUAGAGAGAGAAACUAGAGAGAGAGAAGAGAGAUGAGUGAAGGAGAGAGGCUCGUCCUCGUAGCUCGAAAGGGAUGCUUCGGGCUCCCCACAGCUUGCCCUGAUUGCCUCUCCGUCUAUCUCUACCUCAGACUCGCAAACUCUUGUUUCAGCAUCGAUUUCGAUCUCAAGAACCCUGAUUCGGAUCACAUACCAUAUGUCGAAUAUGGUGAUUGUGUUCUAUACAACAAUGAGAAGGGAGGUGUUAUUGAAUGUCUGAAAGCAGAGAACAUUGUCAAUUUGGACUCAGGACUCUCAGGCGGCUGUUCUCCAGACUGGUUGGCUACAAAGGCAUUGGUUGGCGCCUGGCUAUCCGAGGCAGCAAAAUAUGAACUAUGGGUCGCUUCUAAUGGAAAUGGUGCCUAUAAAAUAUAUUUCUCCGACCUUUCAUGGCCUGUUGCAAAAGUUCUUCAUUGGAAACAAACUCGAACUGUGAGGCAGCAACUUGGGAUUACGGAUCUCAAUGCCACGGAAAAAGAAGAAGAGAUAUACCGAAAGGCGGCUACAGCAUAUGAGGCUUUAUCUCAGAGAUUGGGAGAACAGACCUUUUUCUUUGAUAACAGGCCCACCAGCUUGGAUGCUAUUUUCCUUGGGCAUGCACUUUUUGUCCUUCAUGCUUUACCGGAUACCUCCACUCUGCGAAGUAGUCUCUUGCAACAUGACAAUUUAGUUAGAUACUGUGAACAUCUUAAGGCGGAGUAUCUAGAAUCCAGUUCAUCGUCCUCGUCUAUGCCACCAUCUUCCUUUAGUCCAUCAACAUCUUCAACACCAAGACGAAAACCCUCUUCAUCAUGGAGUUCCAAGCCCAAACCAAAGGCUAAAAGAGAAAAGACCGAGGAGGAGAAGAAAUUUCGGAGAAGAGCCAAGUACUUUCUUGGCGCUCAAUUUGUUGCAGUUCUAGUAUUCUUAUCAGUUUUUGCAGGAGUUGAUAAUGCUGAAGAUGGCGUUGAAGAUGGUUUUGAUUAUGAUGAAUGAGAGAGGCAGAGCUUACCUAUAUUUAUUCUCUCCUUGUUUCUUUUUCAAAAUUUGCGGAAGUUGGGAAUUCUUGUCUCAUUCUGAGGGUGUGUCCUUAUCAAAUUUUGAUUAUAGAAUUUUCCUGGAUAAUCAUUUCUCAGUUGUUUUAAUCUGAAAACUCUGUAUCAUUUGUACUUUACAUGAUAAUUUUGAUGUGAUUCACAAGCGAUUUGCAUAAUUGGUUUAAUUUUCA